AUGAAGCGGCAUCAACCAUUCGAAUUUAUAAUGCAUGAUCCAUCUAAUAAAACUAAGCGUAGAGUCACACAGUCCAAUUCUUCAAACAGACAUGGCGUUACUUCCCAAACGGAUCUUCCAAAUUCAGAAAUAAAUAAUUUUGGCUCCCAGAUUAUGGACAGUGAAAAUGCAAACGAUAUUAAUGCCGACGGAGAUAAUGCAAACGACGUUGAUGUCGACAGUACUAUCGAUACUGGUGGGAACCAUAAUAACACUCUACCAGAAUUUAAACGAUCAAAAAACUGGCAGCGCGAAGAAACAUUAACUCUAAUUGGGAUAAUGAAGUCUUAUUAUAAAAGCCUUAAUACAGCAAAGUCACCUGUGCAGAAGGGAAAGGUUUGGCAAUCCAUAUGUGAUGAGUUUAGCACUAUUUGUCCGGAUACGUGGAGAAGUGAUAAGGCUAUUCGCAAGAGGUGGGAUAAACUAUUAGAGGAUUAUAAGAGAGUACAGGAUAAUAAUCGUAAGACGGGGGCGGAGCGUAUGGAAUUUGAGUAUGAAGAAGAAAUUCGUGACGUAGUAAUCGAUGAUCCAGUAUUUAAUGAAGUGUAUGAUUCUGAGAAUAGGAGAGAUAUGAUUGAGAGGCGAGUGCGACGAAGAGAGACGAGAAAUGAUGGCAUCGAAUUAAUUAGAGAGUUACACGAAGAGAAUCGUGAAGAGAAUCGGGUCUAUCGUGACAG